UAAAGGAAAUGAAAAGUUUUCUUUAAUUCCCAUGCUGGAAGAUAAUCACUUGGAACAUCUCAGUAUUUUUUUCCUAAAUGAUUCAUUUUAAGGUGUUAUUAAUAUCAUCUAAUUCUUAGCUAAUUUUAAGACUUUCGACAUGUUUCUUCUCACUGUGAUUUCCAUCUUUUCAGGUAGUGAUCCUGCAUUCUUUCCAGCAAGAAUUAUUGUUUUGUUAUUUUUCAGUGUAUUGAAACAUGUUGUCGGUUAAAGGAAAGGGUUUGCCAUGAGCUGCCAGUCACUUACCCCUGUUUCAAAGGAAACUUGUGGUUACCAUGAAGGAAAAUUUAAUCCAUCUGCCACAAUGCAUUUGUUCUCCUGAGAACCAGGUGGAACUACCUCUGACUAUUUCCUUAGGAUUAUGCCACCCACCAAGGUAACUUUCUGUUUCAGUAGGUGAUGUUGAGAAACAAAACAACACCCUUUAAGUUAAUCAGUUUUGGAAAAUAGAGACUGGCUUUCUAUUCCAUGGCUUUGAUGUGUUUAGUAGUUCCUGUAAGGAUCUGCCUCUCUUUUGUUUUGAUUGACAAGACCUUUCCUAUAUAUUUGAGCAGUCAAGCAGCCCAGUAACAGAAGGUAGAGACAUUUACCCAGAGCAAACUUCUAUCAUUCAUUGUGACUUCCUGAAAUCUUAGUGCAAGUUUCAGCUCUAAAAGAAGAGUGGGCUCCUGCAAGAUUAGGUAAGUGCUUCUCCAUAUCUGUAACCUCGUUCCAGAGGAGGGGAAGCCCAGAGAACUUGCUACAGUAAGGUCAGAAGUAGGAACUGUGAGAAUAAUGAAUUCAGUGGGGGGUAAGGGUCCAUGAAUGCCAUAUCCUUUAUACUUCAAAAUCCAGGUGAGUUCUGUCUAGUGGGCCAAGCAUGAAGGGGGUUGAUUCUGGCUCCUGAAAGAGCACAGGGAAUGACCAAGACCCAGAGAGGAUGGACUUGACAGUGGAUUGAGGUUAUGUUUUAAAUAACUCCUAUGCUUUCCAUCAUUUGGAUUUAAAUUGAAUCAUAAGUAGGUGCUGUUGCAGUGGAAGCCUAGAGCAGAAGCAAUUUACAGUGAGUAGGACACAUUUAUGAAUGGCCACUAACUCAGGUGAUAGGUUUCAUGAUAUCUUCUGCAUAUCCAUGUUUAGUGGUGAAUUGGUUUAGUAACGAUGCAUAUAGGGAAUACUAUUAUUAAUAUUUAUCAACCCCUCCAAACCAUUCCCCAUCAUGACACUGAAAGUAUAGUUUUGAGCAAAGUAUGUAACGUGGCACCCAAAUACCCUGGACCUGAAUAAAAAUAAUUUACAUGUAUUCAUGUAUUCUGUUGGAUUAUGGAUUAGUUUUGGUGUUACUCCUAUUUUAUGUUUAUUUUGGAAAGACCACUGGGACAAACUUCUUUAACACACAAGUCAACUGCAGUAGUUAAGUUACAAUAAGGAAAAGCCUGAGAAUGCACUUGGAGGAUGGAUAUCUAGAGAGGGCCAUGGAAUCCACACUGGCACCAGUUACAAGAAUCUCUGGAUGCCUGUGUUGGAGUUUGUGGGCAUUUACAAUUUCUGGGCUCAUUUUCCCUGAAAUGCUAGGAGCAAGGUCCCUUUGAUAGUGACAAAUGCAUGGUUGGCUGCACCAUGGAAGGCAGCCAGAUCUGUUAAACUCUGUCCUUUCCCUCUCUGGAACAGCAGCAUGAAGCUGGCAUUCCUCUUCCUUGGCCCCAUGGCCCUCCUCCUUCUGGCUGGCUAUGGCUGCGUCCUCGGUGCCUCCAGUGGGAACCUGCGUACCUUUGUGGGCUGUGCCGUGAGGGAGUUUACUUUCCUGGCCAAGAAGCCAGGCUGCAGGGGCCUUCGGAUCACCACGGAUGCCUGCUGGGGUCGCUGUGAGACCUGGGAGAAACCCAUUCUGGAACCCCCCUAUAUUGAAGCCCAUCAUCGAGUCUGUACCUACAACGAGACCAAACAUGUGACCGUCAAGCUGCCCAACUGUGCCCCGGGAGUCGACCCCUUCUACACCUAUCCCGUGGCCAUCCGCUGUGACUGCGGAGCCUGCUCCACUGCCACCACGGAGUGUGAGACCAUCUGAGGCCGGCAUGGUCUGCAGAGAGCAGCUAGCGCCUCAGCCUCACAGACCCACCUGUGUGCGCAGCACAUGCAGUUAUACUUCCUGGAUGCAAGACUGUUUAAUUUCGACCAUACCCAUGGAGGAGGUUACCUGUCACCCAUUAGGUCAAGCUCAGGCAAAAGGCCCAAAUGCAGCCUACUUAUGCUAAAAGUUCAAAACAAUAUUCCUGCCUUCACCAAAAUAAUUUCUCCAGUUCACAUACCUGCAAAUUAAUUUUUCUUUGCCUUGAGUCUUGGAACAUAAUUUGUGUAUCACAAUCCUCCCCCAAUUUGGACUUAUAAUAUGCUAAUGAUUUAAACACAUUGGAUGUAAUUAGGAUAUGGGGCUGGAAAGUCUUUAAAUUCUCAUGUUCUAUUUAGCCACUGAUCUCCAACUGGAUUUAUGACUAAAGGGCUAGAAAUGAACAAAACCCAUGUACUAGUUAGUCUUCCUUAUCCCAGAGGAAUUCCAGCUGCAAGCUUCUUUAGGGAAAAUGCUCCCUUCCCCUUUUAACUGAGCAAUUAUCUACACAAGAAAUAAGACUGCUCAGAUAUACAAAGAAAGUAGCUUCAAUAAAAAGAUGUUUGGAUUUGGAUAAUUCUUUUCCCUAGCAAAAUUCGCUAGCUCCCUUAAGAGUCUUAAUAAAGAGGAUACGUCGGGAUUAAAAGAAAAAAAAAAACAGAAAUAAAAUAUGUAACUAAUAGCUAUCUCAUUUAGCCUUAAAAACUUAUUAAACUAAACUCAUGUUUUAGAGUAUGAUGUUCUCCCAAAGCUAUGGCAAAAUGGCCAAUCACAAGUAUUCUUCCCCAUUUAUCAUAUUUUAAAUUUAAGUUGUAACUUGCUAAACUCAGAAAUUUUAUAUGCGUUUAGGGGUAAAACUGCAUCGCUGGCUCAGAGGAAAAAGUCUGUGAUUUUCUAGCUCCUGCCUCUCUAAAAUCUUACAGUAGCUAAUUCUGUGGCUGGAAAAAACCUCCAAAACUCUAAUGUUAUGCAAAUGUCUUUAAUUCUGGCAUUUUUGGGGUUGAAUUUAACCUUGUUCCUUUUUCAUAAUGUGCCAAGAAAACCUAUAUUAAUGCCAAUAAAGCAUGUCCUCUGUCUUUUGGAUUC